AAUCAAUUUCAUUAGCAUGCAAAUAGCCCAGAUUUACCAACGACUUUCAAAUACGUUUAUUAAGUCUCACGAGAUGAAAACCCCAUCAGUCGCCGUUGCCACAGUAACGGCUGCCUGUUGCCUAGUAACGCAGCCCACCUCGCAUCUCUGCGCCCUCUGCGCGUGCGCGGUGCCGUCAGCUGGGCGCCGGGGAUAGUGGCAUCAUGGCGGCGUCCGCUGGUAGCGUGCGGCGUGCCUUUCGGCCAGCGAUGGUCCCGUCCUUGGUGGUGAUUUUGGGAGCCACCGGCACCGGGAAGUCCAAGCUGGCGAUCGAGAUCGGCAGGCGGCUUCAGGGAGAAAUAAUCAGCGCCGACUCCAUGCAGGUGUACCAGGGCCUCGACGUCAUCACCAACAAGGUGCCGGCUGAGGAGCGCGCCCGCUGCAGACACCACAUGAUCGGCUUCGUGGACCCGCUGGUCAGCAGCUACUCGGUGGUGGACUUCAGGAACAAAGCGCUGGCUCUCAUCGACGACAUGCACGGCAGGAACAAGCUGCCGCUGGUCGUGGGCGGGACGAACUAUUACAUCGAGUCUCUGCUGUGGAGAGUCCUGCUGGACGCGGCGGUGGAGGAGCCAGGGGACGCCGGAGACGAGGCUCCGGACAGGAAGUUGGAGCUGGAGAAACUGGGAGGAGCCGAGUUACACGAUCGUCUGGCCGAGGUCGACCCCGAGAUGGCGGCCAUGUUGCACCCAAAUGACAAACGCAAGAUAGCCAGGAGUCUUCAAAUCCACGAGGAGACGGGCGUCUCCCACAGCCGCUGGCUGGAGGAGCAGAGGGGCCAGGAGGGAGGCGGCGGGCUGGGGGGGCCGCUGAGGUACCCGGACCCCUGCAUCUUCUGGCUGCACGCCGACAUGGACGCUCUAGACAAGCGCCUGGAUGCCCGCGUCGAUGAGAUGUUGUCCGCUGGACUCGUAGAGGAGCUCAGAGACUUCCACGUCCGCUUCAACCUGCAGAGGGUCCAGGACAACAGUCAGAACUACCAACACGGGAUUUUCCAGUCGAUCGGUUUCAAGGAGUUUCACGACUACCUGACUGCUCCUGAAAGCAGCACCCAGCAGGAGAAAGACGCUCUCCGAGACAAAGGUAUAGAAGCGUUGAAGAUCGCCACGAGACGUUACGCCCGCAAACAGAACAAAUGGGUCCGUAACCGCUUCCUUAAACGACCAGGAGACAGCGUGCCGGUGGUGUACGGCCUGGACGUGACGGACGCGUCGCGGUGGGAGGAGACUGUGCUGAACCCCGCACUGCAGAUACUGGAGAGCCUCAGCAAGAGCGAGGAGCCAGCUGUUCAGCCAAUCAGAGCAGAGGGGGCGCAGCAGAGGAACAAGCGGAGCCGCCACGCGUGUGAUCAGUGUGACAAAGUGAUCAUCGGGGACCUGGAGUGGACAGCUCACCUGAAGUCCAAAAAGCAUCGCCAUCACGUGAGGAAGAAGUUGAAGUCCGAUCCGGCCGCUGCCCCUCCUGCCUCUGCUGCAGGGGCGGUGGGGGGCGACUCGGAGGACUCUGGCGGUACCGUUGCCCCGGGCUGCACGGAGGCGGCGUCUGGAGACGUCGGGACGUCUCAGGAGGACGUCCCUGUGACGUCGUAACAGUGGCGCGGACUCUGGACUUCGUACUUUCAGGUUUCCACCCGCUGACCUCUGCUCACCUCCCGGCCCUCUCAGGCCUACUUUCUGCUCCCAAUGGAGUCCAAUUUGAACUCCAGUGCCUCUAUUGACCUUAUUUGUGGGCUGAAAUGGGCUGACCGACCUUCUACGUCCUGCAGGUUAAAGAAUUGAUAACACCAGAUUAUCAAAAAGACUACUUUUAUGGAUCCUUGGAGUCAUUUUGAAGGAGAUGUACUGUUUUUUCCCCCCCAAAUAUCUUUAUUGCUUUUACUUUAAGAUAUAGCUUUAUUUAAAAGAAUAAAUCUCACAUUUGCUGCAGCCAGGAACUAUAAUUGCCAAAUGCCCUUUUUUCCUCCUUACCGCCUGUUAUGAUAAAAGCUGUUUUUUGUGAUGUUUUGUCUUCGUGAGCAUUUCCUGGUUUGUUUCUUUGUCUUUAACUUGAACCAUUAUGCACUUUAAAAAACGAUUCUCAAUAAACCAAAGAAGCUUCUCAACCGGAGGACAACCGCCGGUGUUCUGGUUUCACCUUCUCACCUGAUCGCAGGUCACCUGACCGCAGAGAGAGAGAGUGUUUUUCACUGCGCUGUUUAUCUGGCCGGGGUGUGCCUCCCAUCCACGCCCUCCCUCCCCCCUCCGCUGCUGAACCGCAUGCACAAUACCUGGCAUCGGGCCACCGGCCUCGCUUGGCGCUCCCUUUCUAUCUCCUCACCUGCUGCUUUUCCAAGAAUCGGACAAUGGUUCCACGGUCCCGGGCAGCACGCCGUCUUCUCUCUAAGGCUGAGACAAAUUCUUUCACUCUGAGUCGCGUUCACAGGCUCCCGGCGCUUGACCUCGUCCACAUGACUGGAAAUAUUUCCAGCCAUAUAAUAGCUGGAAGUGUGUGUGUGUGUGUGUGCGUGCGUGCGUGCGUGCCCCACAUUCUCUCUUUCCAAACUGGGUCAGGCCUCCAGCGUACUGAAGGCGUACCGUACAGUAUGUGGUAACACGAGGGCAAAGGUCACCGUGUAACUGGUUCUGUGUUGUUGUUUUUUUUAUGACCUUUCACUGUGUUUUGAUCCAGGUUUGUUUUUCUGUCCUUCUUUGUAUUGUCUCUGGUGCAAUGAUGCACCUUUUUUUUCCUUUUUUUUUUAUCGAAGCCUCACGUUCUCUUCACCAACUAAUCGUGGAAUGUUCUUAUCUGGACUUCCCGGCACCUCCAGGCGCUGCUGAAUCACUCCACGUUUAGAAGGAGACGACACUGACAUCAGGCCUCUUGGGCCGCGCAACAAGGGCAGCGUCCACGGUCACAAAGCCAAUUAGGGAUUUACGCGCCGAGACGCAGUAGAUCAUCUAUGGACACACACACACACACACACACACACACACACACACACACUCACGCACUGAGUGAACUCGUUAGCUCCAGACAGUGAGCACAAAGAAUCAACACACUGGGCCUGUUUGAAAUGGGAAACCUGCCGCUGUGGCUUCCCACGCACACUCAAAUAAAAGUAUGUGUGUUUUUUUA